GGCUUAUUUUUUAUAUUGGCUAAACUGAAAAAAAAAUUGAAAAUUGAAACGUAAAGUUCAAGUUUAUUUUUGAUCCAGAAGUACAGAGUCAUUAGUUUUGCAUUAUUCAAAAUUUUAAGGUGCCAUAAUAAUAAAAAUGACCUCUAAUGUACCCCCUCUAUUGUUAACUAUCAUCCUAAACUUUUAUUAUUAUGUAUUCCAAAAAAUUUUUGACAGAGUUUAUUCAACCUCACAAAUGAUUAUAGAUGAAGAAUAUCACCUACCUCUUGGACUAGCUUAUUGCAAAUUUGAUUUUGCAGCCUGGGACCCAAAAGUAACCACACUUCCUGGACUUUACUUGGUGAGUGCUGUCCUUCUGGGACCUUUUGAUCUGUGUACGACUUAUUGGCUCAGAUAUAUAUCUUUCAUAGCUGCCAUUUUCAACAUUCCGCUCUUCUUUGCACUGUUAAGUGUAUAUCAUAAACAGAACAAUUACUUGAAUGUUUUGUCAUCUUUCACAUUGGCUCUGUGUCCACCAUUAUUCUUCUUUGGUCAUUUAUAUUACACGGAAACUGUUUCAUUGAUGAUGAUUUUAUUAAUGUUCCUUGCAUCGGAAAGAGAUUGUCACUACCUUGCAUCAAUAAUAG